UAUUUGCUCCCGCAUCAGCACUUUUCGUGUCAUUAGACACGUCAAAAAUUUUCAAAUGUUGUAUUGUCCAGAAUGGCGUAUUCAAUGUUCGAAUGUCCCAAAUUACACAAUGCAAGGUCCCUGAAAUUUUACACCGAGGAAUGCGAACACCACUUAUCUUUUCGGCACAAAAAUUUGCCCCCAGACUUCGACCUGGACCGCUACCAGCCCCAAAAUUUCAAACAGUCCGCAGACAGUGAUAGCUACUCAGUCCAGGCCCACACUUCCAGACACAAAAGAUGCCCCAUCUACAACCACAUUUACGUCAGUCUGACGGACCAAAACGACGGCGAUUUCGUGCCGAAAAGCCGCAAAAAACCCAAGACCAAGUCGAAGAAAUCGGUGAUUGAAAAACUGGAAGAGACGUAUUGGGCCAACUGGAAGCCGGACAAGAACGACUCAAUGAGCAGCAAAAAAUCCCUGGAAAUUCAAGUCAUCAAGAGCGCCCCUGUUAAAAGCAGGCGCAAGAAAAUCCAAAUUUAUCCAUCCUUUGGCGAUCAUCUUGACGAAACGCAAGUCGAGAAAAUCAAAAUUACGAGCAAAUGCCAGGAAAUACAAACUGACGAUGUUUUGGAAAUUUCCAAAUUGACGGAAGAUGCAGAGACGGACACUCAGGACACUUUAGUUGCGAAAAAAUCGGAGGAGGAAUUGGACGAUAACAAGUUUUUGAAACACACGGAUUCAUUCAUACUCAACUUGAAGAAACAGCACGAAGAAAAGGAAACUUUCGAGCAACCUAAGUGUAUCAGACUGUACAAAAAGCCGGGCAAACUGACGUCGAAAAACUACACUCGAGGGGGCUCCUACCCCUUAAAAUCGUGCCUGAAGAAAGACAGUAGUUUCGGCAAAGGGGGCCACCGGUUGGGGCGUCCGGGGAGCCCCCUAAUAGUCUCCAGCACCUUCAGAUACAGUCGAACCCAUCGUUAUUAAACAUAAAUCCGUGCAAAAUUGUUUAGUUAAUAUAUUGCAUUCCGGCA